GACUGGGCCCUGGCUGCCAGGCUAGCCUAGGCACAUCAGGAAGCACCAUGACUUAGGUGGCUCUGCCCAAAGAGGUCCUGGGCAUCUCCAGGGCUGCUCCUGCAGCUGGCCUGGCCCUGUCCACAGGUGCACCAGCCGUGAUGCAGCAGCCACGAGUGGAGACGGAUAUCAUCGGGGCUGGUGAGGGGUCCCAGCGGGCAGUAGUGCCCUGGUCAGCCUGGGUCAUCCGUCAGGACUGGGUGCGCUGGUGUGUAUACCACAUACCUCGGAGCUGGACCCAGUGGUGGAAUACAUCAAGCUGGCGGCAACCACUGCAGCGUAUGCUAUGGGGUCUGGAGGGGACACUCUACCUGCUGCUGGCACUGAUACUAUGCCACGCACUCUUCACCACGGGUUCCUACCUGCUGAGCUCCCUUUGGCCUGUGGUGGCUGUGGUGUGGAGCCACCUGCUGCCGGCAUUCCUGCUGCUUGUGCUCAAUGCCCUGCCUGCUCUGCUCUUCGCUGCCUCCUUCCUGCUGCUCUUCUCCACACUGCUGAGCCUCGUGGGCCUCCUCACCUCCAUGACUCACCCAGGCUAUGCUCAGGACUUGGACCAAUAGAAGGGCAACCCCAUCUUACUGCUUGUGUCUGUUGAGCUCUGGCCUAGGGCCUGAGCCCUGUAGGGAGGGGGGCAGUGGAACCCCAAGAGACCUCAGACCUCCCAGUCAUGAGCACAAGUGGGGGUCUGGCUUCUGGGCAACUACCUUAAACCCACAUUGGUGUCAGGAACAGGACAGACAGUUUAGCCAGGAGCAAGGGCUUGGACACAACACUGAGAGCACCCAUAUGGAUGUGGUAACUUCACUUGGUCUUCCUGGCAGAAUCUUUUUGUCACAUCACCUCAGCCCUCCCAGCUUCAGGCUUCUGAGAGUUUCUACCUACAUACCCCUGGACUUGUCUGGAUUUGUCACGGAUCCUCUCGUUCUACUUCCAGGAGGAGCACACACUUUGGAAUGGGUCUUACUGACAGAAAGAUAGCUGGGGAUCUCACCUCCCAGAAAUGGGAAGAGGCUGAUCAUGGUAGUUGUGUGUGUGUGUAGACUGGACCUUUGUGCAUAAGCAUACAUUCCACCCUACAUACUCUUAUUUUUUUAAGAGUCUCCAGGUCUGUUACAAAAAAAUCAAAAUCCUGUUUCAGCCUCC